GAGAGAAGGGGGAGAGGAGAGAGGAGAGAGGCACGCUCCGUGUGCAGCAGCCGCAGCAGUAGCAGUGGAGGCGGAGGCGACCAGCGCUCGGGCCAUCACCACCAGCACCAUCAGCCCAUUUGCAAGAUCUGCUUCCAGGGCGCAGAGCAGGGUGAGUUGUUAAAUCCCUGCCGAUGUGAUGGGUCUGUUCGGUACACACAUCAGCUGUGUCUUCUAAAGUGGAUCAGUGAGAGAGGCUCCUGGACCUGUGAACUGUGCUGUUAUAGAUACCAUGUCACAGCCAUUAAGAUGAAGCAACCUUGCCAGUGGCAGAGCAUUUCUAUAACACUGGUUGAGAAAGUGCAGAUGAUUGCUGUAAUCCUAGGAUCCCUGUUCUUAAUAGCGAGUGUGACUUGGCUCCUCUGGUCAGCCUUCAGCCCCUAUGCAGUGUGGCAGAGGAAGGACAUCCUUUUUCAAAUCUGCUAUGGAAUGUAUGGUUUUAUGGAUCUAGUGUGCAUAGGCCUCAUUGUCCAUGAAGGAGCUGCAGUUUACAGAGUGUUUAAGCGAUGGCGAGCUGUUAAUUUGCACUGGGAUGUAUUAAAUUAUGACAAAGCCACAGACAUUGAAGAAAGCAGCCGAGGGGAGUCUUCCACAAGUAGGACUUUGUGGUUGCCGCUGUCAGCCCUGAGGAACAGGAACUUGGUCCACCCAACGCAGCUAACCUCACCACGGUUCCAGUGUGGCUAUGUGCUAUUACAUCUAUUCAAUCGAAUGAGGGCCCAUGAAGAUGUGUCGGAAGAUGAUGGCUCCGGGGAGGUGGUCAUGAGAGUGACAUCCGUGUGA